GUCGUAUAAAAUUUAGUACCUGUUAUAUUCAGAUAUUUAUUGUCAAAUAAGUGUAACGUUAAAUUAAAAGUGAUAAUUCGUGUACUACGAAUAACGGUUUCUUUAAGGGAUCAAGAGUUAUUGGCCUUUCCGUUUUACGUUUACGAAUCCACUGGUUUAAAAGUUAUGCGUGUAUAAGAAUCAAGCAUUUUCAACGUACAAUUUGACGGAAGACGCAUGGAGAAUUCUCGUGUGACAAGGGUUGUUCAGACCGAACGAAAAAUCUUAAUUCCAAGUACAAGGAUAUUCUAUCGUCUCUCCACGUUUAUGCGAGCACGCCGAGCCACGCUGUUCUCCCACCUGCGAGAUCCACCCUGGUUGUGCGGACGAGCUCGCAGUCGGCUUCCUUCGUUGGAGCAUGCGCAGUGUGCCGUAGGACGACAGGUGCGCGCUGUUCGCCACGAAUCGUUUAGUUUCGGGUAAGCGUACGAAUCGGUCGUAUCGCGUCGUGCCACCACGUCUCGGGGUACGUCACUCGGUCGUGGUCUGCCUCUGUUUCGGUUAGUCGUCGUGGUUCUUCGGUCAGACGCACGCACACGACACGUCUGAUAACCUUCUCUACGGUAUCAAUUUUUUUUCUCUCCAUUCUCGUCAUUCGAAUCGCGGGAGAUCCAUCGGCCGCAGGAUAUCGCGGAUCCUCCCCCUUACGGUUGUCGACGCCCUGGACCCGGCUGUCCUUCUCUGCCGUGCAGUUUCUCUCGGUCUUCCUCGACACCGUGGCCGGUCGCACAGUUGCCCGCCGUUUUAUCGAGCGUGCACGUGUUUCGCGACAAUUCUCGCGCUCCGUUGACACGCUUCCGGUUACGCGACAGAUCCCUGUGACACGGUGCGACAUUCCGGCUCCUCUCGCGACUCGGUAAUACUCUGUUCUUCGACUCUGUGCAAUUUCUUCGUUUCUUAAUCACGAGCCUCGAUGUUUUGUGACCCUCGUAAUCGACGUGACCUUGUCGAGCCGGGUAAUCGAGAUCGCGCAACCAGUCAUCGUCGGUGAAUUGUGUGUUUGAUCGUGAGUGAAUAUAACCGAAGGAGCUAAAGUAAUAUUGCCGUACAGUGGUCAGACGAAUGUGGUGCGUGUGAAAUAUUUUAAAUCGCGUAUUAUCGUUCGUCGCGAAGUUGUCGCUGAUCUACAGAGAUGGCCAGUGAACGGGAUUUACCGAGCAGGACUAGGGCAAAGGACACGAUCGCGAUGAUGCUGCUGCUGCUCCUGCAACUUCACCAGGGCGUUAAAGGGAGCACCGAACCGUGGCUAAAGAGCGAAAAGCACGCCGAACUCGGAACAGAGGUGCAACUACCGUGCAUUCUGAAAUCGCCGCAAUGCGAAGGGCUUCACAGCAUCAAAUGGUAUCGCGGUACCACGCGUAUCUUCAUUUUCAGCGAGGACGUUGGAAUAACGCGAGGCAACAACGAUAUAGCCAUCAGAUCGGAUAUAGAGUACACGACAAAUUCUUCGAAGACUUACUUGAAGAUACCAGACGUCAAGUUGGAAGAUGAAGGGCUUUAUAAGUGUGAAGCUACGUACAUGGCUGUGAACCGAGAGUGCAAUAAUGUUCAGCAUAUCAUACUAAAUGUCACCGUGCAACCACCGUUCGUACGUGUCAUCGACGAGAACACGAAGAGCACGUUAAGCACCGGUGCCACUUUAGGACCUAUAAACGAAGGUUCGACGAUUUCCUUGUACUGCGAGAGCGGCGAAGGGAAACCUGUGCCAACGGUCGAGUGGUUUAAAGACGAUCAACCACUGGAAGCUACCAGCUCGUCGACGAUUGCGGACAGCGGGAUAGGGAAUGCAAGCAGCUUACUGCAGAUGCAAAUCACACGCGACGAGCUAGAUGCAACUUUCACGUGUAAAGUCAACAGCAUAGCACUCCCCGAGCCCCUCACCGUCGACAUCAAGCUCGAUGUUCACGUUCGACCAUUGAAGAUGGAUUUAAGCGGGGUUAUAGGCCACGUGGUGCAAGGAACAAAGAUCCUGCUUGAAUGUACCGUACGAGCAGCUAGACCGGCAGCAAAUGUCACCUGGCAGAAUGGUACCGAGUACUUAAACGACAGCAACGACAGAUUCACACUGUUCGAGACGAAGGUGCACGAGAACCCGGAUGGCACGUCAGAAACCAUAAGUCAUCUAGCUUUUACAGCCUCGGAGUACGACAAUGGAAGAACGUUCAAGUGUUACGCUGAAAACUCGGUCACGCGUUCCGAGGUUCUGAAACCCAUGAAAGAAUCAAUGACGAUCGAAGUUUUAUAUCCACCUAUAGUCAGUAUUCAGCCAGAAAAUAUUACAGUGAACGAAACUGAGGAUUUUAUAAUCUUUUGUGAUUACGAAGCUAAUCCAGCUAGCCUGACAGAAGUAAUAUGGUUCCGAGACGACAAAGAAUUAGUUGUAACCGACGACCACUACGAGGGUGGAAUCACAGAACAAACAGCCCUUACCGUGAAAAAUGCGACACUUAGCGACAUGGGCUCUUACAGGUGCAUUCUACACAAUAAUGUUGGUCCAUCCGUUUCAGAGGACGUCGUCGAAGUCAACGUAUUGUACAAACCGGUAGUCGAAGUGGUAAUGGAUCCGGAAACACCGGUGAACGAGGCGGACCGCUUGAAUGUCUCUUUGACUUGCGAAGUUGUUUCCGGAAAUCCAGCAAGCUUGACCGCUGUCCGAUGGUACUUGGACGGGGACCUGCUGAAAGAACUUCCGGAUUGCACGAGAAAUAACACCGCGACCACCACAACCACCGAGGAAUCUUUAAUUUUCUGCGAUAUCGAUCCGAGUAAACUGCUCCUAGAGGCAGUGGGUCGUUCCUUUCAUGGGAAUUACUCUUGCGAGGGUAGAAACGACGCUGGAUGGGGACCACUUUCAGCCAGUGCACCUGUCAUAGUCUAUUACAAGCCUGGACCGGCUUCGAUCUCGUACGAGCCCCAGCAGGUAAUAAAGAAGCGACCAUUGACAAUCACGUGCUUCGUACUGGACCCAGGACGGCCAAAGGUAGUUGGCUUCAAAUGGUUUCGAGGCCUUCCCAGACUUCCGGAUGAAAACGACGCUACCCUUACCAUUGAAUCGGUUAAUUUGGAAACUGAAGCGAACUUUACUUGUCUGGCUUACAACGAAGCCGGCGACGGGGACCCGGCCACCACGUUUAUCGACGUGUCUGCUGCCCCUGCGUUUAUCAAGAAACUGCUCCCUUAUCACGGCUACGUGUACAAUUCCCCGAACGUUAGUAUCAUGUGCUGGGUCGAAUGCGCGCCUAUCUGCAAUAUUUCCUGGCUGAAGGACGGCAUACUCAUGGAUUUCUCGAAAACGAAUCGAUACUAUCUGUCGAACGUUUAUCAUCUGCCCGAUCCACGAACGAACGACUUCGAGAGCAUCCAAUCGACCCUCGUGUGGAACCUGACCGCAUGGCCCUCCGGUCAAUUGGAUAGGGUCGAAGACAACGUGAAAUUCACGUGCGAGAGCAGCAGCAAUGGAAUAGGGCCUGGAGUAAAAAGCAGCACUCAUUUUCACGUUGAAUUUCCUCCGGAAAAUAUGACGAUUUCAAAGAGUAAAAUAAACGUCACCGUGGACACGAUACCGGAAACAGUAACCUGUAACGCGAAAGCACAUCCGGAAGCCACUUUUCGCUGGUUUCGGGAGGGUUCAACGGAUACCAUCAUCGAAGGUCGUGUUCUCGAUUUAAAGAUAAAGGUGCCAAGACGUAGUAAUGGUACAUACUACUGCGAGGCAGCCAAUCGUCAUGGAAGCAGAAAUAUCUCCAUGAUCAUGAAUGUUCAAUUUAAGCCGGAGUGUCGCGUGGAAAAGGAACGAAUAGACGGGGUGGAUUACGUGGUAUGCUCUGCGAUAGCGAACCCGAAGGAGACCGAUUUUUUUUGGUCUUUGAAGAGUGACAACGAUACGUUGGAACAAGUUCCCGAUCCUCGCAAUGGAAAAAGCUACAUCCGUCUCGACACAUCGGUAACCAAUUUCCGGACGUACGUUUGUGUUGCGAACAACACUAUUGGCCAAUCGAACCCUUGUGAGCGAGACGUACCAGCUCACCAUGGACAUCGAAGCCAUAUACCGUGGUGGUACCAAUUGGAAGGAUAUCUUCUUCUAAUUGUCAUCGUUGCUGCUGUUGUUAUGAUACUUGUGAUAAUUCUUAUCUGCGUGGCGAUCUUCAUCGUUUGUCGACGCAAACGAAACCAGAUGAAAUAUCACCGGAGCAGUUUUUAUCGAGCUAGAAAAGUGAUAAAAAUUAAUAACAAUUAUUUCAACGUGGCAACAUUCCUGUGCACAGCUGACCACAUGUUCCCUUUCAAGCGACAAGAUCUCGACAGUAAUCGGGUGGUCGAGCUGGAGGAACGCGAACAUCCAGACGGUGGACCCCCAAGUCCUACGGUGUCCUCUCAUUCGACUCAGACCACGGUGCACCCAACGCCUGCACCCAGAUGGCCCCUAAAGCCAGGCGUGCUGGUGCACAUCAAUAGAAGCCACAGUCUACGAUCAGGUCUGAGUGUUCGUACUAACGAGACGCUGCGAAACGAACUGAUGGCCCGGCAAAACGACGAGCCGAUGGCCGAUCGCUUCCUAAUGGAGGCCACGAUCACCAAAGUGCCUGGCAAAGUGUUCCGCAGGAGGAAGGAAAACUCGCAGAGGAGUUUAACAGUGUCCAGUCUGCAUGACGAGGGUAUGCUUGCCAGAGCUAAUAAAAUUAAGGCCAUGUUUGGAGUGCAACUUAAAGAGCAGGCUACUUUGCCCGGUAUCUCUCGAGAAAAGACAGCUGUGACUUACAAAAGAAUAACGCCAAGGCAACGAAUACUGCAUGCAGAAUCGUCGUGUGAUUUGAAUCGAGGCAACAUCUCCCGUAAGCGAAAAAAACCAGGCGCAGAUCCCAAUCAAGCUGCGAAUAACAAUCACGUGAACAGCGUGUCGGAAGGUCUUCCCGAGUCCGGGGCGAAGACGUUUUACGAGAACCUGCCGUUCCAUGGGAUUCAAGCGCCGCCUAACAAGCCCUUCAAGCCGGAAUUUUCGGAUCUCGACUACGCGGACGUGGAUUACCGUUCCUACGGGCCGAUCAACUACAAAGCUGCUAGCAUCGCGCUCUUCCAGAAGCAACAAGCUCUGAAACAACAGCAACAACAGCAUCAAGAACGACGACCGCAGAUGUCUGUUCAACAAGCUGUUUCAGCGGGAAUCUGUUUUCAUGCUCAAACCCAUCGGGUAUUGCCUAAUCUACUACAAAAUUGUGGUUAAACAAUGAGAAUUUUAUUUUAAUGCCGAAAGAUUAAGAAACAGUGAAAGGUGGGUUGAAUUGAACAAAUACAGGCAACAGGACAAUUUCUUGGGGUAGUGUUACAGAUGCCCGGGUAACCGAGAUUACGAGCUCGGCUUCUACCUUUCAUAGGUGCCCUUGCCCGCAGCGCUACUUACUGAGCAGACCUGAUUUCACGUGAAUUUAUCUAACUUACCCUGUGAACAUAAAGUCCAACCAAGUGAAGAAUAACUAUCGUUGGCAAUGCUAUUUUUCAGGAACUUCCCUUGUAAGUUAUAAUACUAUUACUGUUAAUUAUACCUCGUUUUUAGUUCGCUCCGACGAACUCGCUGCGGUUAAAUAUAUAGUAAACGACUUUUUAUUUAUAUUAUAAACUGCCGAUGAUAUCAUUUAAAUGCAUUUUCAACCAUUCAUCAUCACUCGGAUUGGAUAAAAAAAAAUUCAUCGCUGUAUAUUGCUUCUGCUGAAUACUCUUUGGACAUUUCAUUUAUACAUAAUGAUAAAUAUUUCUCGAAAGCAAAAGGUAUAAUUUAUCCUUAGACGUCUGCAGCGAGUUCGUUGAUUUAUAUUUUAUUUGAUACCAAAGAAACAGUCAUUUCAGUUGUAUCUCGUGAGACUUGCACCAAGGAACAGUCUAAUUUAUCAUCUUCCCUUGAAAGCUUCGAUCUUCUUCCACUCGUCUUCCUUUCCACACUUUGCAAAGAUUACUAAUCAUAAUCCCCCCCCACGAUACUUGUACGUUUCUCUUCCAAUUCGAAAUCUCCUUUUUGCAAGCCUUUCGAUAACGUUUACACAGCCGUACGUUGAUAGUCUUGUUGAAAAAGGAGACGCGGAGCUGAUAGGCGGUGGGAUCCACGAUGAAAAAUAAAGAAACGCGAAUUAAAGGAUACCUGUAAAUUUAUACAUAUAUACAUAUAAAUGCGUAUGAAAUUAUAUAAAUAAAUAAAUGGUACGUUUAUAAACUAUUACCAUGUGUUCUGGGAUCAAAUUGUCUAAUUAACGCGGCUAAAGGGGUGAAUGAUCGAUAAACGUUAUUAUAGUAUCUUGUUAAAUGUUAAAAGAUGACACAUAUCGCAGCCAUUCGUCGUGCUCACGCGAUUGCCAUUGUGAUUGCCGACUAAUUAGCGUAAUUCUCCUUGCUUCUACUUACCUUUUUGUAAAAUAAAGCCUCUCCCUUGCCCCGUUUGUAAGUUUGUACAUUAUACGAAGAUUUUUCCAUGAAAAUAUGAAACGAUGAGAAUAAAAAGAUAAAUACAUGAGAACCACGUCGUGUUGAUCGAAGGGAUAGAUAAUUACACGUUUGUGAGAUUUUUAUGGCUAACCCUUUCGUUAUGGGAAUCUCUGUCCUAAAUUGAUGGCCUAAUUGCAAUAGUUAAUUUGCAGAAAUUAAUUGAUAAUUCAUUUUUUUUAUUUCAAAUUUCAACUCGUUCAAUUUGUCACCUUGCUGUGGUAAUGCUAAUCAAAAUAUUUUAUUAUAUUUUCAAUUAUAUUUUCAAUAAUAUAUUUUAAUAUUUGAAAUUAAUAUUUUCAAUAAUAUAUGCAGUGUUUAUCACUAAUUAUCAUUUGAAAAUUUCCAUUAUUAUUUAUGAUAACGAAAGGGUUAACAAAUCACUGGUGGUAUUCUUGUAAUAAUGUUUUCUCCAGCUGACACGUAGAAUCGCGUAUGGUAACAUGUGACACCAAGGCGGAAACAACCAGACAGCCAGAGGAUAAUGGUUUAUCGUCAGAAAGAUGGCAAACCAUGUUGAUAUCGUAUUUUUACGAGGAAACCGCGAUAACCACGGAGUACUCGGGCAGAUUUCAAAGAAAAAUUGAAUCCCAAGGAAAUGCUGACUCUUCCUGAUGAAAGUAGCACCCUCCAUGUGGUACAGUUAUUAAUUUUUCUUCUGUUACUAUUAUAUGCUGUCGAUUGCUGCUGGUGUACAAUGGUCGAACGAAAACCAUUCAGAAUUGCAGUAAUUAAUACUUGCAUUUGUUCAAAUAUUCGUUGAACUAAUCAAUUUUCAAACCAAGUGGCUAGAUGCUUUUUAAAAAAUAUACAGUUCUGUUUCAAAGGAUAGAUAUUAGAAAUAUCGGUUCAAUUUAAAAUUGUCUUUUAAAAUUUACACCAUUGUACAAUAGCCCCAGUGUCUUUAAAAAAAAUAAAAGAACAAAUCAUUAUCUUAGAGAAUUUCUUAAAUUAAUUGGAAAAUCGCUCGCCGAUCUUGUCGGAAUUACAAAUCCAAUUAAAGAUGAGAAAGGAAGUGAAGUUAUCUGAAGGAAAUGUUUCAAUUUCAAUGGAAAAUCGUGUGAAAUUCCAAUUUUCAAGACGUCUCGAGUCAACGCGACUUUCCAUUCCUUCGGUUCGAGCUGGCUGUCUGGAAACGAGAAAGUCCUCUGUAAUCGUUUAGAUAUCGUGUCGGUAACGGUGAAAUAUAUUGUCAGCGUUGUUAAAAUUCAGCGAGACAGAAAUUAUUGCGGAAGCUUUUGUACAUACAAAUGUUCUAUCGACCGACAGAUAUACAUAUAACGCGCACAGAUACACCCGUACUCAAAAGUUAUAAGACAUUUACUUUACAUUUUGAAUGAAAAUGAUUAAUUAUUAAUGAAUUGCAAAAUGUUAUACAAAUUUUAUACUAUGAUUUAAUGAUGAAUACAUACCUUCAGAUAAUAAUUUAAAUAAUAAUCUAUCUUAAUCUUGAUUAUCUAAUAAUAAUCAAUAAUCUAGAUAAACAAUAAGUGAUUUUAAAAUUUUAUAUUAGUUCCUUUUGUGUGAUACAAAAAUAAAAAUUACCAUCAACCCGUCCCUAUUCUAAGGGUUAAAUAUUGAAAAAAUUUUAAUCAUUUUUUAAAUAAAAUUUCUAUAAGUGUCUUAGAACUUUUAGUCAAGAGUGUACGUGUGUACCCAUGUACAGACACGUGUAAGUGUCGAACCGUGCCAAAUGAUAUUAUUGAAACGAACGAAGCGUUUUCGAUAAAUUUGACCCUAGCCAGUUAAGCGUGCCGAGAAAAUGUUGGCUACGGAAGCGCGACCUCGACGCUUUCGUUCCGGAAAACGGAACUCGAUUUCCGCGGUGACACGCGUUACCGUAUUUCGUUCUAUGCUCUUCCUCCUCCGGUCUCUCGGCCCCACCGUUGUUCCUCGAAAUCUUCGAAAAUCUUUCGCAAAGCCAGGCGGCAAACAAAACGAUCACGUACGCGGUGUUCCGAUGUCUGAACUGGAUGCUCGAUUGCCGCUGAAUCGAAGAAAACUCGAUGUUUCUUUGACUUUCCACGACGACGCUUUUCGCCACGUUAAAAUGCAAUUGUUACAAUGAUUUCAGUUGUUAACAGGGAUAUAUGUAACACGGAUAUAGCGAAAUAUGAUGUAAUUAUAAUUAGUUAGCACUGGAUACUUUUAUUUUUCAAUUUAAGCUCUUCACUAGGUACCUUCGAAUUAAUAUCAUUUAGAGUUUCAUUUAAUUUAUUUUCCUUUUAAUUAGCGGUGUCUACGAUAUUAAAUUUCGAGUAUUAAUCGCUAAUUACUUAACACUCUCCAAAAACUUUUACAGAAUAUUCAUCGUAAAUAAGCAAAUAAACAGAAAUCUAAUAUUUUGAACCUCUCAAAGGUACGUACUCCUUUCAGAAGUGCCUCAUUAGCACGAUGAACACCAUGAAUAUUAUGUGUAUAAAAGAGUAAUAAUCAUUUUUAUAUCACAAAAUUUUUAUUAAUUUCAAAAAAUUCAGGAUUCGAAUUAUUUACAUUAACAACAAUUAAAUUAAUAUAAAAAUACAUCAAUCGCUAUUCUUGCAUCUACUGUUUUACAUUCGAACACCAUUUUGCAAUCAUUGAAAAUCCUCUGUGCUAAUUUCAACCAAAAAUUAAAUUAUUGAUAAUUAACAGAAAAAGUGCUAGUCAGAAAUAAUUAAUCGUGAACACCGUACGUAUUCUCUUGGAUACAACAUAAGAUAUAAGAAUUUUGAAAGAAAAAAAAAGAAAGAAAAAUAAAAAUGAA